CCCGCUCAAAUUGGGUCACCAACGGGGUUUCCGUUGAAGACGAAAAACCAAAAAAAACCUCCAUUUUUUUCCCACCUCCAUCUUCUUUCUUCAUUUUCUCUCUCUAAUUUUUUUUCCUUCUGAAAAUUGAUUUCACCCCAUUUUUUAUUUUUAAUUGUUCUUGUGAUUUUUAUCGUCUUUUACCAUUUCUCGAAUGAUGAAAUUUCAAAGUUUUUGAUUUUGAGCUCAAUAGGAUGUUGCAAUGAAGGAGCAAACAAUGACGAGCAAAUCCGGUGAAUUUAAUUCCCAGGGAUCAACACAGGGAGAUAAUGCAGCUGUUGCUUCUCCUCAAGCGGGCCCGCCGGAUCAUCAGUCGUCACGGUCCCGGAAUCAGUGUUUGCAGGUGUUCAAGAGUGGGCCUCUAUUUAUAUCAUCCAAAGGAAUUGGAUGGACAUCUUGGAAAAAAAGAUGGUUUAUUCUAACACGUACAUCUCUAGUCUUUUUCAGAAGUGAUCCUAGUGCAGCUCCUCAAAAAGGCGGUGAGGUGAAUCUAACCCUUGGGGGCAUUGACCUCAACAACUCAGCAAGUGUGGAAGUCAAACCCGAGAAGAAGCUAUUGACAGUGUUCUUUCCUGACGGACGGGAUGGUCGAGCUUUUACACUUAAGGCUGAAACUUUAGAGGAUUUACAAGAGUGGAAGACUGCACUUGAGAAUGCAUUGGCACUGGCACCACAUGCAACCCACUGCGCAGGACAAAAUGGGAUUCUUAAAAGUGAGCAAGUUGAUGAUGUUAAUGGUGCUGCUGAUCAACGCACGGACGGGCCGCCUGGGAAAUCUAUGGUAAUUGGUAGGCCAAUUUUACUCGCUUUGGAAGAUAUUGAUGGUUCACCUUCUUUCUUGGAGAAAGCCCUCAGAUUCAUUGAAGACCAUGGAGUCAGGGUUGAAGGAGUUUUGAGGCAAGCUGCAGAUGUGGAUGAAGUUUACCGCCGUGUUCGAGAAUACGAACAAGGAAAAAAUGAAUUCUCUCCGGACGAGGAUGCUCAUGUCAUUGGCGACUGUAUUAAGUAUAUCUUAAGAGAAUUACCAUCUUCCCCAGUUCCAGCAUCUUGUUGCAAUGCACUACUAGAAGCAUUUCGAAGUGAUCGUAACAACAGACUUAAUGCCAUGCGCACAGCAAUACUUGAAACAUUUCCAGAGCCUAACAGACAAUUACUGCAAAGGAUUCUCUUGAUGAUGCAAACUGUGGCUUCCAAUAAGUCAGUGAAUCGAAUGAGCACAUCAGCGGUGGCAGCUUGCAUGUCUCCUUUGCUUCUGCGACCCCUUCUCGCUGGUGAUUGUGAACUUGGAGAUACACAUAUGGAUGUGGCUGGAGAUGGUUCUUUCCAACUUCUUCAAGCAGCAGCAGCAGCAAACCACGCUCAAGCUAUCAUCAUUACGCUACUAGAUGAAUAUGAGAAAAUUUUUGGGGAAGGUUCGAUGUCGGAUAGUGGAUUAUUCUCCGACUCAGAUGAGAGUGGAAGUGGGACAGAGGAGGCCAGUGAUGAAGAUAUGUACGAGGAUGAUGAUGAUGAUUCUCUUGAAGAUGACGAUCAUGAGGAUGCAUCAGAUCAUGAUGAAACAGAUGAUGAUUAUGAACAUUCAGUAACUGAGACGUGUAGUGGCAGUGGUGACCAUGAAGAGAGUGAUUAUUGCGAUGAUAAGCAUAGUGAAAGGUCCAGCUCAUUUUCCAAGUCUCCUGAAAAAGUUCUUAGUUUUCUCCAGAGAUCAUUCUCAGCUUCACCUCGUACUCCAGAAUCUCGGAAAAGUCAUCUCCAGAGUUUUGACAAUAAAAUGAAGAUAACUAAUGAUACAUUGGUAGCUAAAGUUGACUUAACUAAAUUGCAUAGAGAUAUUCCAGCAGAGACAAGUACCAUAAAAGAAUAUGGUAGUUUCGGUCCACAAAUAAGCAGCAAAACAUCAGCAGUUAAGUUCCUUGAGUCCUCGCAAUUCAGACGUCAAAGGUGGGGAAGAACAUCGGCAAAAAAGAAUCUGUCCAUGGAAUCCAUAGAUUUCUCACUUGAAGAUGAGGACGAAAUCCAAAGACUUGAGGACACCAAACUUGAACUGGAAAAUCGAAUUGAAGAAGAGGCUAACGGUAAUACAAUUCUACAAGCAAGUUUGGAGAGACGAAAGAAAGCCCUAAAUGAGCGCCGCCUAGCUCUUGAGAAAGACGUGACUAGGUUGCAAGAACAACUACAAAAGGAAAGAGAUUUACGAGUAUCACUGGAAGUUGGAUCUGGAUUUGACAUGUCUCAAGUGCAUGUCUCGGCAAGUAUCAAUGACAAGACAAAGGUUGAGCUUCAUAAGAUUGCUAUAGCGGAGGAAUGUUUUAGUAACUUGAAGCAGAGGCUUGAUGAUAUUGAUGCAGAGCUUAUUCAUCAACAUGAGCAGACCGCAUCGCUUUUGCAGGGUAGUAAUAAAGUACAAGAUUCUUCAAGUCAAGGGACUAUGAUAUAUAACAAGGACCAUGAGAUGAAAGAUCAUCAUGUCGAAAGAUCGAGUAAAAAUGAGGGACAACGGAACUAUAAAUCAGAAGGAGCAGAUCGUGAUAAUAGUCGAAAAAAUGAAUUAUCAAGCAGUAAUCAGAAUGAAACAAAUGAUGUAGCAAGAGGCGGUUCUUCCAAAUCAACGGAAGCCCACAUCCCCAAGUCUUCCACUUCAAGGAGGUCAAGUUCAAAGGGAGAGGGAAGUAACUCUACAAGCUCUGCACUGUCCAAACUCACAACCCGGCUCAACUUCUUGAAAGAAAGGCGUACUCAAAUUGCGUCUGAGCUCCAAAGCAUUGACAAAGGACGAGGAUCAUCAUUAACCCAACCCAUCAUAAGCCCCGGUAAGGGAAAAGGUCACGAACCUCCUACCCCUAUACCCCACAACCCCGACAAAAAUCAAGGUCUUGAUGAAGAUCGUGUUUAUCAAUCAUCACAUAGUUCAUGCAAACAGGGUUCAUCAACAGAAGUUGAUAACAAAAAGAUUGAUAAUAAUAAGGAUAGUAAUAAAAAGGGUUCUAGCUCAAAAUCGGAUGCUUCAAAGUCAGAGAAUCAGCAACAAGUUGACAGUAAUAAAAAGGGUUCUAGCUCAAAGUCCGAUGUUUCACAGAAUCAGCAACAACUUGAUAGAGUAAAGUCAGAAGGAGGACAACCAUCAACAAAAAACUUAGAUAAAGGUCGAAGACAAGAUGGUCAACAUUCUAGUACUUCUAGGACACAAUCCAGAUGAUUAGUAGUCCAGAAUUGUGCAAGUUUUUUCUGAUUCUUUGACAGUUAUAUAUAUAACAGGGAAUUUUUCUUUACUGUGAACUACAUGCUUAUGUUAUUAGAACCAGAUUCACAGAUUUAGUCUUAUAGUGGUGACUUCGAUACACAUGUCGUGACCUUAUUGGCUCAUUGAACUGAACCCUCUUUGUACAGAACCACAGGUGGCUGUUUUCUCUUACAGUAAAAAUAGGGAAUUUCUGACAUUCUUUCGUUCGAAAAUCUAAUCGAAUUUUUACAAAAAUUAUGACUGGUUAUGUAAUCUCUUUACUCGAGCAAAAUAUAUCCAGCUAUCUGUUUUGUUCUA